GCACACGCGCACACACACGUACACACAGACAGGCACGCACUCGCCUAGCCGGCAGUUGCGCGCGCGCGUCGGAAGCGACUGUAUGAAAUCAUCGCCUGUGGAAGACAAAAAGCUGCAAGCGGUUUUUAGCGGCUAGAAGAAACGCCUGGUGUUGCUGGUGUAGAGAAUAAAGCAGACAGCUCAGUCCGUGUGGAUAAUCAGUGGCUGGUCAGUGAUGUCAGUGUAGCUCCAGAUGUGGAGCGCGUCAUGUAGCGAGACUCGGCUGUGAAUGAUGAGGUCGGAGGAGCAACAUCUGGACAUCUGCGCGCUGAUGUUGGGCUGAAGGCAGAGCAACCUGAUUCCUGCUGAAAGCUGAACUAAAGGAAACAGAGGAGCAGGAUGUCCAAAGCGCUGAAGAGGAAGAAACACUGGGCGACCAAAGUGCGUGAGUGCGCCGUGUCGUGGGGAGGUGCGGGAGAGUUCGGCUCCGUGGUCGAGCUGCUCGGAGGAGCUGAACAUGGCCUCUUCCCCUUCCUCGGACACAUGGAUCUCGAUGCACUCGUGUGUCACGUUGGCUCGCUGCCCUACUACGGUGACGUGCUACUGGAGGUGAACGGCACGCCCGUGAGCGGCCUGACCAACCGAGACACGCACGCUGUGAUCCGCCACUUCAGAGAGCCCAUCCGCAUAAAGACCGUGAAACCAGGCAAAGUGCUGAACACAGACUUGAGGCAUUACCUCAGCUUGCAGUUCCAGAAAGGUUCACUGGACCACAAAUUACAGCAAGUCAUCCGGGACAACCUUUACCUGCGUACUAUACCAUGUACAACUCGUCUACCCAGAGAAGGAGAAGUUCCUGGAGUGGAUUACAACUUCAUCAGUGUAAGUGACUUCAGGAUCUUGGAGGAGAGUGGAUUACUGCUGGAGAGUGGAACUUAUGAUGGAAACUACUAUGGCACACCCAAACCCCCUGCAGAGCCCAACUUGGUUCAGCCUGAUCUGGUUGACCAGGUGUUAUUUGAGGAAGAAUUUGGCACAGAAGUUCAGCGCAAGCGUACCACCUCUGUCAGCAAGAUGGACCGCAAUGACAGUGUUGUCCCUGAGGAGGAAGACGAUGACGAGCGGCCAGCGCUACCAAAUGGCCUUCCAGAGGGAAGUGAGGAAUGGAGGAGGCCGGUGCCCAGCUACACUCAGUCUAACAGCAGCAGCAGUGUCACUCGUGGAGGUGGCAGCAGCAGUAGUGAGCUUGUUCGCACCUGGAGUUCUCUCUCCAGAGACGACAGCCUUGAACCUUUACCAUACAACUGGGAGAUGGCCUACACUGAAACGGGCAUGGUCUACUUCAUUGAUCAUAACACAAAAUCUACAACAUGGCUGGACCCUCGUCUUGUCAAGAAGGCUAAACCGCCUGAAAAGUGUGAGGAUGGAGAGCUACCAUACGGCUGGGAGGAGAUUGAGGACGCACAAUAUGGCACAUACUACGUUGAUCACAUAAACCAAAGAACCCAAUUCGAGAAUCCAGUUGUAGAAGCAAAGAAGAAACUUGCGCAGGAGGCUGCAGCUGUAGCACAGAGCCAAAAGGGGGCAGCACCUGCUCCAGGUGGUGAAGGGGGAACUCCAGGAUUCACUCGUGACCCCACUCAGCUGAAGGGCGAGUUAUAUCACACAGCUUUGAAAAAGAGCACUCAGGGUUUUGGCUUCACAAUAAUCGGAGGAGACCGAACUGAUGAGUUCUUGCAGGUGAAGAAUGUCCUUGCAGAUGGACCAGCUGCACAAGACAACAAGAUGUCCUCUGGUGAUGUAAUUGUGGAGAUCAACGGCACACUGGUCCUUGGUAAGACCCACAAUGACGUGGUGCAGAUGUUUCAGUGCAUCCCCAUCAGCCAGUAUGUGGAUAUGGUCUUGUGUCGUGGCUACUCCCUGCCUCCAGAUGUACAGGAAGAUAAUGAAGACCUUCCUCCUCCACCACCUCCUCCUCCCUCAGCUGGUGAAGUGGUAACAGCUGUGCCCCUUAUCAAUGGGCAGCCACUGCUAGUGAAGGGCGAUGCUUUGAAUGCUUCGUCCCAGGAGCUCCACUACCUCACUACUGAUGCUAGUGGGAGGCCUAUUGUGGCAGCGCUACCCAACAUUCCUAAUGCUAAUGAUGAGAGGCCUGAGGGUGGAAUGCUGCAGCCAGAGCUGGUCACUGUGCCCCUUGUAAAAGGCCCGGGCGGGUUUGGAUUUGCUAUUGCUGACAGUCCGCUGGGCCAGAAGGUGAAGAUGAUCCUGGACGCACAGUGGUGCCGUGACUUGCUUAAGGGGGACGUCAUCAAGGAGAUCAACAGGCAGAAUGUACAGACAUUGAGCCAUGCACAGGUGGUGGACAUACUCAAAGAGCUUCCUGUGGGAAGUGAGGUCAACCUGCUGGUGCUCAGAGGAGGUCAGACUUCACCAGUGAAAAGUCUUAGACCUCAGAGACAGGAAAUAAGUGCCAGUCUAGAGACUUUGGACCAGUGCCAUGAUGUUGGAGCCCCCCAAGCACUAACUUAUUAUUCAAGUACGUUGCCCUGUAGCUCCCCGAGACGAGACAUCACCCUCCGACAGAGCAAGCCCAAGGGCCCUGUAAAUGAUUCUGCACAGAGAGCAGUGCCUCAGUAUAAAGAGCUGGAUGUGUUCAUAAAGCGAGAUCAGGAGACAGGAUUUGGCUUCCGGGUGCUUGGAGGAGAAGGGCCUGAUCAGCCAGUAUACAUAGGUGCCAUCAUUCCCCAGGGAGCCGCAGAGAAAGAUGGCCGUCUGCGUGCAGGGGAUGAGCUGAUGGCCAUUGAUAGCAUCAUAAUAAGGGGCAAAUCCCACAAGCAAGUGCUGGAUCUGAUGACCAAUGCAGCUCGCAAUGGACAGGUGCUGCUCACUGUGUGCCGUAAAGUCAUCUACAGGGAUAUAUCUGAUGACGAAGGGGCACGGAACCUGGCUCCGGUGUUAAUGAAUGGUUCUCCAAAAACACCACAUGUCCAAGUCCCAAGUGUCUUGGACCAUAAACCGAUGGAUAUUACACUCCAUCGCAAAGACAACGAAGGCUUUGGCUUUGUCAUUCUCACUUCCAAAAGCAAACCCCCACCUGGAGUGAUCCCUCAUAAGAUUGGCCGCAUCAUCGAGGGCAGUCCAGCUGAGAGAUGCUGUCUGUUAAAUGUGGGUGACCGUAUCUCUGCUGUUAAUGGCUGCUCCAUCAUUGAGCUCUCUCACAGCGACAUUGUGCAGCUUAUUAAAGAUGCCGGCAAUGCUGUCACGCUCUCUGUAGUUCCCGAGGAUGAAUACAAAGGCCCACCCUCAGCAGCCAGCUCAGCCAAACAGAGUCCAGCUCUACAGCACAGGACAAUGAAAUCCAGCGCACAGGAGGAGAGAUAUAAUUUUGAUCCGGAGGAGAUCAGGGAUGAGCUGGUCUGGGCCGAAUAUAAAAUGAUUACCGAGAAAGAAAAAGAAACGCUUUGUGGAACAAGCUCAAAACAGGGUUGUAUUCUUGUGGAGUUAGACCGUGGCCCACGUGGUUUUGGGUUCAGUCUGAGAGGAGGGACAGAGUAUAACAUGGGCCUCUACAUCCUGCGAUUAGCUGAAGAUGGCCCUGCGCUUCAGGAUGGCAGGAUUCAGGUUGGAGAUCAAAUAGUAGAAAUCAAUGGUGAGCCCACGCAGGGUAUCAGUCACACCAGAGCCAUUGAACUUAUCCAGGCUGGUGGAAACAAAGUACUGCUGCUCCUGAGACCCGGACAGGGACUUGUGACUGACACCAGCCCUGAAGCACUAGAUACAGUGGUCUCUUCACCUCUAAACAUUCAAGAUGACGUUUUCCUCAAAGAACAACUGCCAUCUGAAACCUCAGCCUUUUCAUUCUCCUCACCUCUUGCUCAGCCUUCCUCACAUCCAUUAUCCAUGAAGAAGAGACAGAAUAGAGACAGGAGGAAUCAUUCUUCCCUCUCUCCAAACCCUGCCAAGUCCAGGUCCAGACUUUAUUCUCAUCCAAAAGGCAAUGGCAAAGCCAGGAGCACUAAACCUCAAAACUCUGCUUCUCCUUCAACUAAAGAAUCAAUACAUAACAAGAGAAGUAAGUCUAGAGAAAAUAAUAUUGACUCUGAAAAUAAAGAAAAGAAACUUAAUGGUCCAUCUAAUACCAAAGAUGAUCUACCACACUGCUCACAAGAUCCCAUCAUGCACAAGAAGUCCAGUAAACGCCAACCAAGCUGCACGAAAAGUCACAAAGAGUCAAAUCAGGAAAGGGAGGGCAAUGGAGACGAAAAAUGCUCAAAGACAUCAUUCCGAAGGGAGGAAAGGAAUGAUAGUACUGAGAGGGUAGUAAGGGAUUGCUCGAGAGGAAGGCAGAGAACGAAGAAGAGAGAGGGCAGAAACAGAAAGAAUGCUGAAACAAAUGGACGAGAAGAGGUGGAGAAGGCUGGGGAAGAGACAGAAGAAAACCUGAAGCUGAGAAGCAUGAUAAGACAGAACAAGCAACCAGAGGACAUGGAGAAAGACCAAGACACCAGCAAAUCCACAGUACAAAAAAGCCCGAGUCAUCAUAAACAUCUAAAAAAAGACGACAAGCUACAGCAAAGAAAGAGUAAAGAACUACAAAGUAAUUCAAAGAGAAAGAAACAGGGUAAAGAAACGGAUAUAUGGGUAGAUGACAUAGUAAUACAAAAAGAGGAUCAGAAUGAAUGUGAGGAUGAGCUGACCAUGCCACAUGCACCAGAUCAAAAUAACCAAUGGACCAUACCCAGCUUUGCACGCAUAUUAACUCAUGAAGAGGUCCUGCAGGAUUUGUAUGGGUAACUGAAGCAUGUACCUCACAUUGAAGUGGGAACUGUGGCCUAUUUGCUUUCUUCAGAAUACUGUUCUGUCAAUUUACACUUCAACCAUGUUUACAAAGCUGCCAUACCCUUCCCCCUUUUCCCACAGACACUCAUCUGAGAGAGUGUACAGUGGGUUUCAUUAUGCUCCCACUGAGUCCAUUAUCUGUCUAUUUUAAUGCACGGGAUGGGUAAAAGCAGUAAAGAUUUAGUUGCUGCUAUUAUGCACUCAUCCCCUCAAUGCUAGCGGCAGAGAUGCUUAGACUAGAGAAUCUGUUGCUUACAAAACAUCUGCUGGGACUAUGUGGUCAAGUCAACAGGGCCUCAGUUCUGCCCUAAUGUUUCCACAUUGACAGCUUUGAAAAAUGUGGAUUCUCGGCUGUCCAUCACAAUGCAGUUCAUUCAUAUGCAAUGAAAGGGACCAUACAACCCCGCCAAACACCAAAAUAAUGAACACCAACUUUUAUGCUUUGAGUUUUAUUAUAUGUCCUCAAGUCAUAUUGUCCCUACUGAGAUUAUUGCCUCUAUUACUGCAUGCAAAAACUGACCUUUCUCCCUCAACCUGCUUUUGUUGCAUGCUUUUGAAAUAUGAGUUUCAACCACAGUUUUAACAAAGAACUUUACAUAGAGGGUUGAGACUAAAUUCUGCAGCAAACUAGCUUUAAGGACUUUUCUAGACUGUUCUCUGACACUAACAUGCCUAAAUUCUUGACCUUCGAAUCAUAUUAUUAUUGCAAAAGACCAGAAACUUGUGCUUCUUUGCUAUUUCUAUGAAAUGUUAGUUGUGUAUAAGCAUAGAGACAUGUAGCCAUAUCGACUCACUGAACGUGAUGUAUAGAGUUACGUAAAGUAAGAACUGCGGUAGCUUUUACUUGGUAGCAACUAUUUUGACCCAUCACAAAAGUAACGGUACAUGCAGAAGUGUCUUCAAGUGUCUUGUGAUACUGGGUGUCUCAUUUCUUUGACUUUUUCUGGAUGUUUUCAGACCUAAUGUAAAUGCAGGCAGUUGAGUUCCUGAACUAAUGAAAAAAAAAAUCAUAUUUCUAAUAUAUUUUUCAAAUGUUUAUUAUGGUUCACAGUUCUCCCAAUAUCUCACACAUCUGUGUGAAUGAUAAAUAUAUUCAGUACAUCAAAAUAUCAGUCUAUGGUAAAGUAAAAAUUUCUCAAAAUAGGAAUAUUGCAGGCCUUGUGUCCAGUGAUUUAUUAUUAUUAUAAAUCUGUUUUCACUUUGAAUCAUAAGUAAAAUGUCUUGUAGCAUCAUUAAGGGCUGAUUUAUGACCCUGGAUGGAUGGAUUCAUAAGGGGACAGACUUCAUCAAAACCAAAGGAUUGGUGAACUCUGUGUGUGUGUUUGUGUGUGUGUGUGUGUGUGUGUGUGUGUGUGUGUGUGUGUGUGUGUGUGUGUGUGUGUGUGUGUGUGUGUGUGUAUGUAUGUGUGUGUGUGUGAGUGUGUGUG